AUGUCUCAAACAAAAGAAGCUAGUUCAAAUAGUUCAUGUGAAAAAAUACACGAUGUACGUAAAGUUACACAUUCAACAUUGGAAUCAUCAAACAAACCUCAACAACCGCAAGAACAAUUUAAACAAGAAGGGGAG